AUGGCUGACCUUAAUCUAGCAAGACUAAUUAUCGGAAUAAUUGGAAAUGUCAUCUCUUUUUGCUUAUUCAUGUCACCAAUGCCUACAUUUGUGCAAAUAUGCAAAGCAAAAUCAGUGCAAGAUUUCAAGCCAGAUCCUUAUGUAGUGACAGUACUGAAUUGUGCAAUGUGGUCAUUCUAUGGAAUGCCAUUCGUGACCAAAAAUAACGUUCUUGUUCUCACAAUCAAUGGCUUUGGCUUCUUCCUUGAGCUCUUCUACACUGGCAUCUUCCUUGCAUUCUCACCUUGGGGUAAAAGGAGGAAGAUUCUGCUAGCCCUUUUAGCCGAGGCCAUCUUUGUUGCUUUGGUGGUAUUUUUUGUGUUGUAUUUCGUUGAAUCCUUGAAGGAAAGAGCCUUAAUUGUUGGACUCAUAUGCAUCUUCUUCAACAUCCUUAUGUACUUUUCACCCUUGACCGUCAUACGUCAAGUAAUCAAAGACAAAAGUGUGAAGUACAUGCCUUUCUGCCUUUCCCUUGCUAACUUCUGCAACGCUGUCGUCUGGACGGUAUAUGCAUGUCUUAAAUGGGAUCUUUUCAUUCUGAUUCCAAAUGCCUUAGGAGCACUUUCAGGAUUGGUGCAACUUAUUCUCUAUGCCGUUUUUUACCGAUCAACUAACUGGGACCAAGAAAGCGCAAUCGAAGUAUAG